UCGCCAUGGCCCCAGCUCUGCUCCUGAUCCCUGCUGCCCUCGCCUCUUUCAUCCUGGCCUUUGGCACCGGAGUGGAGUUCGUGCGCUUUACCUCUCUUCGGCCACUUCUUGGAGGGAUCCCGGAGCCUCGUGGUCCGGAUGCCCGCCAGGGAUGGCUGGCUGCCGUGCAGGACCGCAGCAUCCUUGUCCCCCUGGCUUGGGAUCUGGGUCUCCUCCUACUAUUUGUGGGGCAGCACAGCCUCAUGGCAACUGACACAGUGAAGGUGUGGAUGUCUCGAUAUUUUGGGGUCCUUCAGAGGUCACUGUAUGUCGCAUGCACUGCCCUGGCCUUGCAGUUGGUGAUGCGGUACUGGGAACCUGUACCCAGAGGCCCUGUGUUGUGGGAGGCUCGGGCUGAACCAUGGGCCACCUGGGUGCCCCUGCUCUGCUUUGUGCUCCACGUCAUAUCCUGGCUCCUCAUCUUCAGCAUCCUUCUCGUCUUUGACUACGCCGAGCUCAUGGGCCUCAAGCAGGUGUACUACCAUGUGCUGGGGCUGGGUGAGCCUCUGGCCCUGAAGUCUCCCCGGGCUCUGAGACUCUUCUCCCACUUGCGCCACCCAGUGUGUGUGGAGCUGCUGACGGUGCUGUGGGUGGUGCCCACCCUGGGCAUUGACCGCCUCCUCCUUGCUCUCCUCCUUACCCUCUAUCUGGGCCUGGCUCACGGACUUGACCAGCAAGACCUCCGCUACCUCCGGGCCCAGUUACAAAGAAAACUCCACCUGCUCUCCCGGCCCCAGGAAGGUGAGGCCGAGUGAGGAGCUAACCUGGUUCCGAGCCCUGCACUUCCUCUCCUUUAACAUCCAGGCCCUGGCUGCUUCAGACCAGAGGCCCAAAUCUGUGGACUGAAGGGGCUAUCCCUUCCCCUGCUUGAGCCUCCACUCCUUGGGCCCAGCUCCAUACCCUAAAUUCUGAGUUUCAACCACUGGACUCCAACAUCUACUUCUCACCAGCCAGGAAGAGGGGGUGGGGAACUUAUCUGUCUCCUCAGUUAGGGCUUGACUCCUCCACCCCCCACCUUAAGAACCUCUUAUAAGGGAGAAGGGUGGGCCUGACCACUUCCCUCCCACUGUUCUGCACCUCAGGGAUCCCCUUCUCCUCCUCUGGCUUCCCUUUCUAGGAGUGUAGUACUAGGGUCUGCAGGUUUGAUGGUAAUGCCUGCCCUUCCAGGCUCCAAGUGCCAGCCCCCUGGCUAGCCUUGCCAUCUCCUUAGGCCCUGGCCCUGGGCUCUGUCCUCUAACCUAGUUGAGAGGAUCCUCCCACUCUUCAUUUUGGGUGACUAAGAGCUCUCUGCUGUCCUGAGGAACACGCACAGCAGAAAAAUAAAAUUCAGCCUGUUUUUUCUACAUAUGAUAUGCAGUCUAUCAGUGU